AUGCCACUGCGACCUUUUCCGUUCCCCUUCCGAGUGGGCACUGAUGUCUGUAAUAUCUCGAGACUACGAGCCGUUCUCACACGCCACUAUGGCGGCGAGCCUUUACGACCUCUGCACCAAUACUUGAGACGAGUUCUUACCGAUCACGAGCGCCAGUACUUCUGGAAUCGUUUUGGGCCAGAAGAAACCAUUUCCAAAAAGAUAGAUUCAGUCUCUCAAUUCCUUGCUGGCAGAUUUGCGGCGAAGGAGGCUUGUCGCAAAGCAUGCGAGCAACUGGACAGCAACGCACGAGGCUUCAAGCAUAUCAUGAUUCUACCCGUCAACUCAGUGGACCGCAAUAAGCACCAAUCUUCACGGCCCCAGGGCUUGAUACUGGACAAGGUCUACGAGCCAUACGCACCAGCUCCAAGUGACGCAGAGAAUUCUGCCGAUGCACGUGUCGCAAUGCAACACGUAAUGUCGACACUCGUUGAUGUGAGCGAACUUGACGGGCAGCUGUGUGAGCUUAGUAUCAGCCACGACGGCGAUUAUGCGACUGCAGUUGCUAUUGUGCCAGUCACGGAAAGAGGGUAG